CUGUAAACCCUACCCAUCAAACCCCUCAAUUGAAAAUUCUAACGGCUAACAAUGUCGAUUAUCCUCCAAUCUCGCAUAUCUUCAAGUGAAAAAAAUAGAACUCACAAGGUGUAGUAGCUGAGAGUAAUGUGAGGAAGAGAGAGAAUUUCUUCCCAGCCUUUUCUCCACGGAGUAUGUUGCCGCCGUCUGAUAUUCAGGAGCCACAGUUUGCACCUUUAAGGCCACUGCAUUAAGUCUCUGUCCACAGCCACGCUACUCUGCUGUCGGUACAAGUAUUACAUCCGCAAUCUCAUCUCAUGUGAACUCUAUGGUGUUUCUUUGCACUGUUGAUAUCCUUAUUUGAGGGCAGGUUCUUGAACUAUCAGGGGGUUUGCUGUGUUUUUGCCUUUUUCGGGUCUGAAUUUAUGAUUAUAGUUCGUGAUGUAAAAGAUAAUUUUCAUAAACUUGUUUAUAAAUCUGGAAAGCCUCUUUUGUGGUUCAUGUUUACUGUCAAGAAUGCUCCUUUAUGAGUGAUUCAUAAAAAAAGACAUAUUUUGCGAUGGGAGUUUGGUUGUUUUUAAUUUUUCUUUCAAGUGUAAUCUAUUUGCUUUAGUAUACUAGAGUACAUCUUUGGAGAUGGUAGGGUUUACUUAUGACCCUUGCUCUAAAGAAGACCUCAAUCAAACUUCAAAUCUCAAAGGUUUCAAGGAUCCAUUCCACACUCUUGACACCAAAAUCAAUGAUUCAUCCUUUACUGAUUCAUUACUUGAUUUUGACUCCGUGAAUGACUGGUUGGAGGAUAACCCUAAUCCAGAUAAGACUGGUUUAGAGAACACUGAUUUUGGGGUUACGGAAAUUGGGAAAGAAGAGUGCAGUGGGAAAAGAUAUGCUGGGUCUGAGUCAAUUGUUAAUGGGUUUGAGCCAGUUGGAGGUGGGUUAGGUUGCAAGCUGAAGGUGAAGGUGGAGGCAGAAGAGCAGAAAGCUAAGGCAGAUUUCAGUUGCUGUAUUGAGGAGGGGAUGGGAAAGGUUAGUUUGGUUGGUGGUUCAGGAAGUUCUCUUACUGUUCAUGGGGACUAUGGGAAGGGUGAGAAUGCAAAUGUAGAGGAUGAAAGUGUGAGUAGUAGUUCAGAGGAGUCUGAGAGUGAAAGCUCUUCUUCUAGUAGUAGCAGUGAUGAUGAUGAUGAUGAGGAGGAGGAGGAGGAGGAGGAGGAGGAGGAAGUUAAAACAGAGGUGAAAAGAGAGCUAGAUGAAACAAGGGAGCUUGAAGAAGGUGAGAUAAGGGACAUUGGUGAAGAGAAGAUGGUUGGUGGAACUACCUGUAACAUUGAUCAUGAUGAUUAUGUUGAGGAUGAUGGGCCUCUUAUUGAAUAUAAUGAUCCAGAUGAUGAUGAUGAUGAUGAAGAUGGAAAUGCUCCAAGGGCUCCUAUUAGGUCAAAGAAUUAGGUUCAGGCAAGAAGUCAUUUCCUUGUUGGUUUUUAUUGGAAGUACAUUUGUGCAUAUACUGCUUUGUUUGACAUUUCAGGACUCACACAUCUUUUGUUGUUCUGCAACUACAAUGAUUGCCAAGUGGGAUGUUUAAUGUAGAUAUUUUUUACUUUUGAAGUCUGAACCAUUGAUGAGUGUGGGUUAGGAAUAGGAAAUUCUGAUUGAUGUGAUUUUCGCAAGUUGCAGUUUAAAUAUACAACAUGUGUUUGCUGCAUUGAGGCCUUGAUGGAUUGCUAUUUUGCUGCUGAGAAAAUUGUUUAGUGCAUGAAUUAUUUUUAACACUUGUUCCAAUGAUCAUUGUGAAAAUUACACAGGCACUUAGAUGGGAUUUAAAUAUUUCUUUCUUCUUCUUUUGUUUAUUCCUUUUUGAUGGGAUGCUAAAUUAUUUCUUUUUUAUGACAUAUCGAUGCACAUCAAUUUGUAUAUAUUGUGCCAUGGAGGUUUAAAUGUUACAUGUGUCAUCUUGUUUGUUUAUCUGAUGGCAUAUAAUUUUCGCUAAAUUUAUACCAUCUAGUAUCUACGUGGUUAACAGGAAACUCCUGUUGUAUGGUUUUCAUAUCAAAUAAAUUGUGUUAAAUUUG